GUCCAGAUGAGGAGCUGGGCUUCCACUUCAUCGACCCGCUCGCGCCCGUCGCGGAGAAGGAGAUCGUCCCGCGCGUCCGCGUGUUCAUCCCGUACCUCGGCAUCGAGGGCUGGAUCAGCAUCACGUUGAACGACGGCCACCUCAUCGUCGAGCUCAAGUACCUCCAGGCCAUGCACGUCAAGAACCGCAUGCUCAAGAAGUGCUGCUACACGCUCUACCUCCUCGAGCUCGCGGACAGGCUCCGGGGCGAGGCCUCCCGCGAGACCCUCAAGACGGCGCGCAAGAACGUCGUCGAGGCCGAGGGCGAGUACCAGCUCGCGCUGUCGAACUACCGCCAGAUGGAGCUCUGGUGCUUCUUCAAGCUCGACAUGGCCCUGCUCGCGCGCCCGACGCUCGCGGGCGUCAUCCGCAAGUUCGCGAACGCGAUCGCGCGCAAGGCCGCCGAGGCCCGCGGCGAGACCUUCGUGCCCACGCCCUACGACGAGACGGCCGUCGACGCCGUCGUCGUGACGGCGGUCUCGGCGCCGGCGGGGCCGCCGCUCAAGGCGCUCGAGGCCAUGUCGGCCAAGGAGUGCACCGCGGAGCUCGACGCGGCGGGCGUGCCGAAGAAGGGGCGGAACGUGACCAGCCACGGCGUCACGACCGCCACCGUCCGCGACCUCGUGCGCCGCCUCCGCGCCGGCGAGCCCGCGGCGACGAUCAAGGCCACGCUCGUCGCGGACGGCGCCAAGAAGGUCGAGUUCCACUACUGCAAGACGGGCGCCAACGGCUCCGACUACCUCAAGGCGCGCUUCCGCGGCCUCGCGGAGACGGACCCGCUCCGCCUCGAGUUCGAGGAGCUCGCGCGGCGCGACGUCGUCGCGGCCGCGGCCGACGAGCUGCCCGUGGACCGGCUCCAGCGCGUGCCCGAUCCCGGCCUCGUGAACCUGCCGACGAUCUGGCCGCGCAUGCGGUACGCGCAGCCGGAGUGCGGCGUGCCCUACCCCUACGGCUCCAAGCUCGGCCUCUUCAAGGGCCGCGUCGGCGGCGGCUGCUUCGGCUGCUGCGUCUGGGCCCAGUGCGCCGCGCGGCCCGAGGAGUUCCCGAACCUGCUCAAGGCCCUGGCGACGGUCUCGCUCUACCUCACGGCGGUGCUCCGGCCCGCGCCUCCCGGCCCACGACGCGCAUUUCUGGAUCGCAUGUGCUACCGCGUCAUCCGCGACGCGAAGCGGCGCGUCGGGGGCCACCCGCCGCGGGCCGAGGACGACCAGUGCCCCGCGUACUACGGCGUGGACUUCAAGGACGAGAGCGGCAAGCUCACGUGCAAGUUCACGGUCCCGAACCAGUGCGACACGAAGCUCUGGGUCGUCGGGAGGACGCCGGAGGGGAAGUACGUGUCCCCGGCGCGCGUCACGGUCGAGAGGCGGCUGUUCCUGCUCCAGUCGGUGCCCGACGGGCUCGUGAAGGGCGAAUUCAAACAACCGCGCUGGGGCAAGUUCUCGGCGCUCAAGAAGCCCGACGGCGCGCCGGUCGUCAAGGGCGUCGACUGCUUCGAGGUCUGGUGUUCCCCGGAGGUCAUGCGCGUCCUGGUCGAGUCUCUCAUCGCUACGUACCUGAAGCGCCGCUCGAGCUCGGGGAGCACCGCAGGCUCCACCGACGCGGCGGCGGCGCCCGCCGCGGCGGACGACGCGGACGGCCCGGACCUGGCUGCGCUGCUCAAGUUUUUCGUCGGCGACGUCUUUGCCCUCCCGACCUUCCUGCGCGCGGCCGAGGCGUCCAGCGUCGACACGGACGCGAAGGCGACGUCGACGUCGACGGCCGAGACGAAAACGAAACGGUCCGACCCGAAGCCCGUGGUGGACAGCUCCGAGGGCGACGCGGGCCUCACGGGCCGCAAGAUCAUCAUCGACACCUACGGCGGCUGGGGCGCCCACGGCGGCGGCGCGUUCAGCGGCAAGGACCCGACGAAGGUCGACCGGUCCGCGGCCUACGCGUGCCGCUGGAUGGCCAAGUCCGUCGUCAAGGCGGGCCUGUGCAAGCGCGCCUGCGUCCAGCUCUCCUACGCCAUCGGCGUCGCCAAGCCCCUGUCCCUCUUCGUCGAGACCUACGGCACGGAGAACGGCGACCUCAGCGCCAAGGCGAUCACGGACAUCGUCAAGAUGAAUUUCGACGCGCGGCCCGGCGCGCUCGCGCGCGACCUCGACCUCCGCCAGCCCAAGUACAACGUCACGGCGGCCUACUGCCACUUCGGCCGCGAGCCCUACACCAAGGACGGCAUCCGCUACUUCGCGUGGGAGGACGCCAUCGACCUCUCCAAGUACGCGACCAUGUCCGCGGCCGACGUCGACAAGGCCGUCGCGGCCAACAAGGCGAAGAUCCUCGCCAAGUGGGUCGACUAG